AUGCUGCUCCUCUGCACCUACUUCUUCUACUGCCUGACCGGCCCCUGCCAGCCCCUCCGCCGGCCCGGCCCGCCCGGCUGGCCCCCCCAGGCCCGCCCGCCCCUCUUCCCCCAGCGCCCUCCCGAGCCCCCCGGGCAGGAAGAGGAGGAAGAAGAGGAGGAGGAGGAAGAAGAAGAAGACGAAGCCGCCGGAGCCGAGGAGGAUGCUCCGGCCGGGGCUCUGCCCGUGGCCAGCGGCUCCGGCCAGAAGAAGUUCCCGCAGGCCAUCAUCGUCGGCGUGAAGAAAGGCGGGACCCGCGCGCUGCUCGAGUUCCUGCGCGUCCACCCGGACGUGAGAGCCGUCGGAGCAGAGCCGCACUUUUUCGACCGCUGCUACGAGAAGGGGCUGCUCUGGUACAGAAACCUGAUGCCAAGGACCCUGGAGGGACAGAUCACCAUGGAGAAAACGCCAAGUUAUUUUGUGACCAAGGAAGCCCCUCAGCGCAUUUACAAUAUGUCCAGAGACACCAAGUUGAUCGUGGUGGUUCGCAACCCCGUGACCAGGGCCAUUUCGGACUACACUCAGACCCUUUCCAAGAAUCCCACCAUCCCCAGCUUCCAAAACCUGGCCUUCAAGAACCUGAGCAUGGGUCUUAUUGAUAUCACCUGGAGCGCGGUGAGGAUUGGUCUUUACGUGAAACAUCUGGACCACUGGUUGCGUUACUUCCCUCUCUCCAAGUUUCUCUUUGUCAGCGGAGAGAGGUUGGUGAGCGACCCAGCUGGGGAAAUGGGCCGCGUUCAGGACUUCCUGGGCCUCAAACGCGUGGUGACGGACAAGCACUUCUACUUCAAUGAAACCAAGGGUUUCCCUUGCCUGAAGAAACCGGAAGGGAGCAGCAGGCCCCGGUGUUUGGGGAAGUCCAAAGGACGGCCACACCCCAAAAUUGACCUGCAGAUUGUCCAACGCCUGCAGGAAUUUUACAGGCCCUUCAACUUGAAGUUCUAUCAAAUGACAGGGCAGGAUUUUGGGUGGGAUUGAGAGAUCUCCUGGAACCAAGGAGGCAAGAGGGAGUGCCGUGGGAGCAAACAGAAGGCCUUCUCUAAGCUCCCAUGAAGGACUUAACUUCUCCCCAAAGCCUGUUGGGCAAAGGUGGCAUCUGAAAUGCAACAUCCGAGGAACGUUUUCUGAGUCUGACCCUUACUAAUUUAUAUAAUUUCCUUCCAAUAAGAGAGAAUUGUUACGCUUACGGUGUAGUGGAGAGAAAGACAUUAAGCCUCGCCCGGCUGACAUCCGCAAGACGAGAGCGAAGGACGGGAAACAUAGAUCGGUUGAAAUAUCCCUGCUAAAUA